AUGUCAUCCGGAGAAAUUCUACAAUUUGCACCCCUCCAAUCGUUUGUCAGUCCCACCUUUUGGCAUAAAUUAUCGGAAAUUAAAUUAGAUUUGGAUCGUCUCGAUGAUAAACCCCGAAGCAUUUGGGGCUACUACACAAAUCGUAAUGCCAAAUCAUGUCUGCUGGAAAUCGAUUAUACGGCCUUUAAUGGUGAUUUCAAGGCUCCAAAAUUCUGCUACAAAUCCCAUGGUACUGUCUACAAUAAAAACACCAUUGAAGAAUUUAAAACCUGUGACAAAAAUGCCUUGAUGAAAACUGAAGGCCUCAAACUAAUAGAGGCUUUUAAAACGGAUGCUGUCCUCGAUGACCCCAGCUUAUUGGCCAGAUUUUUUGUACUCUCUUUUGCGGAUUUAAAAUCUCACAAUUAUUAUUAUUGGUUUGGUUUCCCCUGCCCCUUGACACCCACGUUGAAUGUUGAAAAACCUGGAGAAAAAAUAUCCCAACUCCUAAAAGAGAAUUUAAAGAAAUACCUUGUUAAUGAGGAGGAGUUUGGAAUUUUCUUUAUUUUCCAAGCCACUGAAGAACAAGAGAAAUGCCUAACAUUAAAAGAAUUUGUUUCUACUCUGCAGAAUGAAACAUCGCCCAACGAUUUGGAUAACAUUUACUUUUGUUUUGCCGAUAAUAGUGAACACGAACAUCCAUCGUGGUUAAUGCGUAUCUAUGUGGCAUUUAUUUUAUACAAAUGCAAAAUCUUGUUAGGGAAACGCCUCAAAUUCCUUGGUAUACGCUACGAUAAUCACAUGAAUUUGGACGCAUCAUUGCUAUGGGAAAUAACACAAACCGAACCAUGCCAAUUCGAUGAUGAUGCCGAUGUUGAUCAAUUGAAAUUUGUCGGCUGGGAAUUGAAUAAAAAUCAAAAACCUCAGCCACGUAUGGUAUCAAUGCGUGAUAGUAUGGAUCCACAAUUACUCACCGAAAAUUCCAUUAAUUUAAAUUUAAAAUUAAUGAAAUGGCGUCUAUUGCCCGACUUGAAUUUAGACGUUAUAGCUAAGACCAAAUGUUUGCUAUUUGGUGCCGGUACGCUGGGAUGUGCUGUGUCACGAAUGUUGUUGGGCUGGGGCUUUAAACACAUAACUUUCAUUGAUAAUGGCAAAGUUGGUCUGGCCAAUCCCGUCCGUCAAUAUCUCUAUACAUUUGAAGAUGCCGUUAAGGGUGAUGUUAUGAAAGCUGAUGCUGCAGCUGCAUGUAUGAAGAAAAUUAAUCCGGGAACUAUAUCUGCCGGACAUGUAAUUCAAAUUCCUAUGCCUGGUCAUACCGUGGGUGAAUCAUUGAAAGAACAAACGGAAAAAGAUUUGAAUAAAUUAAAGCAACUUGUCCAGGAACAUGAUGUACUGUUUCUGCUUACCGAUUCCAGAGAAAGUCGUUGGCUGCCAACAUUAUUGGGAGCGGUAUAUGAAAAGAUUGUAAUCAAUUCGGCUCUUGGUUUUGAUAGUUAUUUAGUGCAAAGGCAUGGUGCAACUAGAACAGCUGGCAUUUCAAAAGAUGCUAAAGAUGACCAGCUGGUGGAUAAUUUAAAAUGUAUUGCCGGCCAUCAGUUGGGUUGUUAUUUUUGUAAUGAUGUUACGGCACCAGGAAAUUCCCUUAAAGAUCGCACCCUGGAUCAACAAUGUACUGUAACUCGACCGGGAGUCUCGAAUAUUGCCGCCAGUUAUGCUGUUGAACUACUGGUCUCCCUAUUGCAACAUCCUCUAAAAGAAUUGGCACCGGCCUAUUAUGCCACAACCGCCAGCAGCACAACAGCAUCUGCACAACAAUUUGAUAACAAAAUACCUGAAGGUAUUUUGGGUAUUAUACCACAUUCCAUACGCGGAUUGCUGAGUAAUUUUGAAAAUAUUUUACCGGCUACACAGAAAUUUGUACAAUGUAUUGCUUGUUCAGAGAAAGUUUUAAAUGAAUAUCGCACGAACGGCAAUGAAUUUCUAUUCAAAGUUUUUGAAUCGGCCAAAUAUUUGGAAGACUUGACGGGAAUUUCCGAUUACAAGGAACUGCAAAAUGAGAUAAUUGAUUUCAAUGACUCGGAUAUGGAAUUAUCGGAUGAUUAAAUUUGUUCAAUAACAACGAAAUAUU